GCGGGUUGCACCAGUUUGGCGUAAUGAAAUUGGUUUUGUAUAUUAGGUCGGGGUAUCUACUUCUAUUUUGGGAUCAGAAUUGAAACCUAUUCCGCGAUGACAGACAAGGAAAAAGACACAACCCGUGUCUGUGACCAGUGUCACAAGGAGGUGGCUGUGUCCAACUGUGCCUUGCAUGAGUCCCACUGCCAGCGGUUCCUAUGCCUGUGUCCAGACUGUGAUGAGCCUGUUCCCAGAGAGCUAUUGGAGCAGCACCAUCAGGACCAGCACAGCCAGGUGAAAUGCACCAAGUGCAACAAAAAGGUGGAGCGUUGCCAGCUACUGGACCAUGAGUCGGACGAGUGUAAGGCAAAGCUGCAGUGCUGUGAGUUCUGCCAGUUGGAGCUGCCACUGUCGGCCAUGGCGGAGCACAGCGUGGCGUGUGGCAGUCGCACCGAGCGCUGCUCUGACUGCGGACGCUACGUCACUCUGAGGGACCAGCCUGAGCAUGCCCAGAUCUGUCCUGACCUCUAUGUUCCCGAUAACCCCUCCCCGCAAUCCUCCAAAAGCAGGCGAACAGCAGUGGUUUGCAGGAGCUGUAUGAGGUCUUUCCCAUUGGAGGAGAUGGCGGAACAUCAGCUGGAGUGUGACCACACAUCAGAGGAGGCUAAAGGUGAUGAUGAUGAUGAUGAUGAUGGUGAGGAAAAUGGCAGCCACAAACAGGAGCAGGCCAGUCCUCGUUUGACCAGUUCUAUGAAGUCUGUAUUGUUCUCAGCCCAAGGCAGGAGGCAAGACGAGGGGGGAGAGGGGGAUGUUGACCAGAUCAGCACCUGUCCCCACUGUCACCUGGCUCUCCCCGUAGUCACACUACGAUGGCAUGAGGCCAAAUGUCAGAUCCAUGUCAACUUGAAUGAGAAACGUGCUCGGAACUUCUGAAGGAACACUCCAUGGUGAAUUGGCGUAGUGGUUGACAAGUUAGUAAUAACACAAUUAACAGGGUUAGUCGUGAUUUAUUUUAGCAAAUAGCAAGUAAUUUUUUGCAGAAAAUCUGUAUUUCAGAGGCAGUUUAGUUAUUUCUGUUGAUUGGUUGGGUAAUAGUAAGAGAUUAUUACUUAUUACAUUAGUCAGGAUUCUUCUUUUUUUUUUUUCUUGGGGGGGAAUGGAUCAGCUUAAUAUUGCAGA